AUGCGUACUUCCGCCGUCCUCUUCACCGCUGCCUUCGCUGCCUCGGCGUCCGCCUCGAGCAUCCUGAUCCCGCGCCAGGACUGGCUCAAGAACUGCGAGGACGAGUGCAACCCCAUCGCUGACUGGGCUCUCGGCUGCCGCACCGACACCGUCGGCUGCAUGGAGCAGUGCACUUCCGAGCUCCUCCAGCAGGCCGACAAGUGCGGUGUCUGUGUCCAGGAGAAGAACCCCGACUUCGGCAACACCGUCCAGCAGUACGUCGGCAUGAGCAAGCAGAUGUGCGGCAAGGAGGGUGUCACCACCGAAGGUGACUCUUCCGAGGGCUCUGCUUCUGCCCAGCCUUCGGCCUCUGCUUCGCCCGCCGGCGAGGCUUCUCCCUCGGCCACCCCUGAGGCGUCUGCCUCUCCCUCCGCUUCCGCUGAGGCUGGAGCGGCCUCUGCUGAGUCUGCCUCUGCCUCUGACGUUGUCGCCUCUGCCUCGACCCAGGCCGCUGAGGCUUCCAAGUCCGCCGAGGGCGCCUCCAAGUCUGCUGAGGCUCUUAAUGAAUAA